AUGGGUCCUAUUAUGCCUCUUGGACCUCUCCUUCACGGACCUCCAGACCCUUUCAAUGUUCUGGCACUUCCAUUAACGUUUCUGAAGUCCGAUCCGCCACAGGCUCCACGAAACACUCUUUGGUCUCCCUGCAAACCCCUCCGAAACACCACUGCUGCUCCAGCAUUCUUCCGGCAUAAUUUUUCCUCCUGGCGAACAGGGUUUCAUCCACUUCCACUGUAA